CGGGGCAGGGUUAAAGUGGGAGGCCUCUGGGCUUCGUCCCCUCCCGCUCAGUCCCGGGCCGCCCCUGGGUCCCCCUCCCUCCUCCCCACUCGGCGCCCGCAUCUCGGGCCGUCAGGACCGGGCCUCUCCUCGGAAGUGCCCAGACGGCCUCUCCUUGGAAGGGCCAAACCAGGACAUCAGGGCACAUGACUACUAUCAAGAUGUUCCAGGGUUCUUUUUCUGUGUUCCUGCUUGGGGGCAUCUUAGGAGUCCUCCGUGCUCAGCAGCAGGAAGUCAUCUCACCUGACCCCUCCAUCAUUGACAGGAACAACAACUGUCCAGAGAAGGCUGACUGCCCAGUCAAUGUGUACUUCGUGUUGGACACCUCGGAGAGCGUGGCCAUGCAGUCUCCCACAGACAGCCUACUUUAUCACAUGCAGCAGUUCGUACCUCAGUUCAUCAGCCAGCUGCAGAAUGAAUUCUACCUGGACCAGGUGGCGCUGAGCUGGCGUUACGGUGGUCUGCACUUCUCGGACCAGGUGGAGGUGUUCAGCCCCCCAAGCAGCGACCGGGCCUCCUUCACAAAGAGCCUCCAAGGCAUCCGCUCCUUCCGCAGAGGCACCUUUACUGACUGUGCCCUGGCCAACAUGACCCAGCAGAUCCGGCAGCAUGUCGGCCGAGGUGUGGUCAACUUUGCUGUGGUCAUCACCGACGGCCACGUCACGGGCAAUCCGUGUGGAGGCAUUAAAAUGCAGGCUGAGCGUGCCCGCGAGGAGGGCAUCCGGCUCUUUGCCGUGGCCCCUAACAGGAACCUAAAUGAACAAGGCCUGAGGGACAUCGCUAACACCCCACAUGAGCUCUACCGCAACAACUAUGCCACCAUGAGGCCCGACUCUACCGAGAUUGACCAGGACACCAUCAACCGCAUCAUCAAGGUCAUGAAACAUGAAGCCUACGGAGAGUGCUAUAAAGUGAGCUGCCUGGAGAUUCCUGGGCCCCAUGGACCCAAGGGCUACCGCGGACAGAAGGGUGCCAAGGGCAACAUGGGUGAGCCAGGAGAGCCUGGACAGAAGGGGAGACAGGGAGACCCUGGCAUCGAAGGCCCCAUUGGAUUCCCAGGACCCAAGGGUGUGCCCGGCUUCAAGGGAGAGAAGGGUGAAUUCGGAUCAGAUGGUCGGAAGGGAGCCCCCGGCCUAGCUGGCAAGAAUGGAACUGAUGGACAGAAGGGCAAACUGGGCCGCAUUGGACCUCCUGGUUGCAAGGGAGACCCAGGAAGCCGGGGCCCUGAUGGAUACCCUGGAGAAGCCGGAAGCCCAGGCGAGCAAGGAGACCAAGGUGCCAAGGGAGACAGAGGUUUGCCUGGACCCAGAGGCCCCCAGGGGGCUCUUGGGGAGCCAGGAAAGCAGGGAUCUCGGGGAGACCCCGGUGAUGCUGGACCUCGUGGAGAUUCAGGACAGCCAGGCCCCAAGGGAGAUCCUGGAAGGCCUGGAUUCAGCUACCCAGGACCCCGAGGGACACCCGGCGAAAAAGGAGAGGCUGGCCCACCAGGCCCUGAGGGAGGCCGAGGAGACUUUGGUCUGAAAGGCGCACCCGGAAGGAAGGGAGACAAGGGCGAGCCAGCUGAUCCUGGUCCCCCUGGUGAACCUGGCCCUCGGGGGCCAAGAGGAGUCCCAGGACCUGAGGGAGAACCCGGCCCACCAGGAGACCCUGGUCUCACGGAAUGUGACGUCAUGACCUAUGUGAGAGAGACCUGUGGAUGCUGCGACUGUGAGAAGCGUUGUGGUGCUCUGGAUGUGGUCUUCGUCAUCGACAGCUCUGAGAGUAUUGGCUACACCAACUUCACCCUGGAGAAGAACUUCGUCAUCAAUGUGGUCAACAGGCUGGGUGCCAUUGCCAAGGACCCCAAGUCUGAGACAGGCACGCGUGUGGGUGUGGUGCAGUACAGCCACGAAGGCACUUUCGAGGCCAUCCGGCUGGACGACGAGCGAGUCAACUCCCUGUCCAGUUUCAAGGAGGCCGUCAAAAACCUUGAGUGGAUUGCUGGUGGCACGUGGACGCCCUCUGCCCUCAAGUUUGCCUACAAUCAGCUCAUCAAGGAGAGCAGGCGCCAGAAGACCCGGGUGUUCGCAGUGGUCAUCACAGAUGGGCGCCAUGACCCCCGAGACGACGACCUCAACCUCCGGGCACUGUGUGACCGAGACGUCACUGUGACAGCCAUCGGCAUCGGCGACAUGUUCCAUGAGACACAUGAGAGCGAGAACCUCUACUCCAUUGCCUGUGACAAGCCGCAGCAAGUGCGUAACAUGACGCUCUUCUCUGACCUGGUGGCUGAGAAGUUCAUCGAUGACAUGGAAGAUGUCCUUUGCCCAGACCCCCAGAUCGUGUGUCCAGAACUUCCCUGCCAAACAGAUGAACCAUGGCCUGGCACCAAGCCCCCGGUCACCUUCCUCCGCACGGAAGAGGGUCCGGACCCCACCUUCCCCAAGACCAUCCCCCUGAUCCAGCAGUUGCUAAACGCCACGGAGUUCACACAGAACCCAGCUGCCUACUCCCAACUGGUGGCUGUGAUGGUCUACACCGCGGAGAGGGCCAAGUUCUCCACGGGGGUCGAGCGGCAGGACUGGAUGCAGCUGUUUAUUGACACCUUUAAACUGGUGCACAGGGAUAUCACAGGGGACCCAGACUCUGCACUGGCGCUCUGCUAAAGCCUCGGGUUCCAGCCAGAGAUAACCCCUCACUUCUAGCUUCCCAGGGCUACCACCACAAACUGAGGCCUUAGGCAGCAGGGACCUGCCCUCCUAGUCCUGAGGACAAAGUCCAGAAUCUUAUGUCUUUAGUGUUAUACUCUCUAGAGGGUCCCUCCUACUUCCUCCAGCCUCUGGUAGAGCUGCCAUCCUUGGCUUGUGGGCACACUACCCCAGCAUCCUGUCUACCUUCCCAGAGCCUUUUCACUUUGUGUCUGUGUCCCCUCCUCUUCCCCCCUCCUCUUUUUUAAAAGGACAUCAGUGAUUGGAUUGAAGGCCCACCUUAAACCCCAGAAGCUCACAUCUGGCAAAGGACUGUACAGAGGGCAUUAUAUUGAGGUUCUUGAGAUACAGGCCUCUGGGAAUCUUUCAGCUGAGCACACCACCUCAGUCGAGCUGAGCUCUCCUGUAUUUCAGAGCACAGAUUGGGGUGGGGUGCUAUCUGAAUGCUUGAGGAGGUCCCCCCCUUUCCUGCUUCUGUUUGGGCUUCAUGUUUGGUGUCAGGUAUGUGUUUAUAACCCACAGAAACCACACGGAUGUGACAAUGGCCUUAAUACCCCUCAGCUACUGUCACAGCAGGAGAUCCGAGUGCCAGAGCUGUCUGCCAGUGAGCCCCAAACACCUGUAUGCUCAGCCAGGUCUCUGGAUAUAUGAAGGCAUCAUGAGAGUAUCCAACAGGCAGGGCUUUUGAUAGCCUCGGUCACGUGACUGAGAACCAUAAAGGCAUCCUCUCCCCAGUGUGGGGAAUAGCAAGGGACCCACUGCAAAGUCACGAGCCAUCAAGGCAAGCUCAUGAACCUGGAAUUUUCUCACUGGUCUCAAGGCACCUCAUCAGGCUGGACUGAUGUCCUUUCUUCUAUCUGUGCCCCGCUAGCCCAGGGUAAGACCUAUCCUCCUGGGAAGGUGACACCCCCUCCCUGCUGUGAGGUCACAAGUAGAAGAAGGGACCCCCACAGAAAUGAAGCACAGAGACCCCCUGAGACCCCAAACUCCCAAUUACAUAUGGAUCUUCACCAGCCUUUCCCGGUCUCCCCCAGGCCCUGUAGAUGUUGAUGUUAAGGAAAUGUGCCCAAGCCAACCACCCCUACUGUAUGUCUGCCUCUGGGUUUGUGGUAAUAACUGUGAGGGUGCCUGUCAAUUACGAGGAGCUAGGAAGUCCAGUUGCCCCCUCCCCACAAAAAAAAAAAUUUCUAGAUAUUCUGAGAAGAUUCCAGGGAUGGUGGACAAUAAGUAAGGUAUGUAGCUAGUAAGCUCUGUAAGAAUGACCCUGCCUAUCCACAGGCACUCCCUGGCCCAGGGCUCAGCCUCAGAGGGAGUGAGCCAGGUUAAACAUUUUAUAAAAAGACGAAACCUGUAACUUAA